AUCGGUUUAAUUGUUUUUAUACGUAUUAGCAAUGGGUUAUUUGUGUUGCUUGAUAUUAUGGCGUGGACGUACAAAUCCACUGGAUAUUAUCACUCACCAAACGAGCAGAAAAGUAUUGUUUUAGGGACAAGGGGUCAGAAGAGUCUAAAUCAAAACAAUAAACUUAUUUUAAGUGCUUUAACAUAUACUCAUUUCUAAAUAUUUUUUUUCUGAAACACAGGCGAAUUUUAACAGCUUCAAAGAUACAUAAGCCAAAAGUUUAAGUUUAAGUUGUUGAUGCUGCUCUCACUACAGAGCAGACAUUUCAUCUGAAAGAAGAGCCAACAAGCAACCAUCCAGGAAGCACCCCAUGUCAAAGGCUAAGAACAAAACGACUCGUAGUGCUGGUUGCCCAAGCAGGAGAUCCAGUGCAAAGUUACCAUCAAUUGCUCAGAGAAAUCAGGACCUAUUAAAGAAACAUGAUCGCCAUUUUUCUUCUACUGGUGGACAAUCUGUCGCUGCUGAGUCUUGGCAGUCUCCUGACCGUGCAUCUCGGCUUGGCAGCAACACUCCUGAUAUGGAGGAAGCAGAACAGCCUGUGAGAUCUGAGGCUUCCAAAGAUUCCUCCGGAGUUCAGGAAGAUUCUGUGCUGGCUAAAUACAUAGAACGUUUUCGACAUGGUCUGCCUCAGAGUCGGACGCAGCGCCAGCUGGUAACUUCUGUGUCUGGAGAAGAGCAGGAGCCGUUGUGGUGGAUGUUCCAUUCAUCAUCUCCCUGUACAACACCAACUAAAACGUUACAUAGAGAUGACCAUGAUUCUACUGUUAGUAACCAGCGUCCACGUGAUGGAUCCAUCACUCUGUUUUCUGACACUUCCCAGGGAGAUUUAGAAGAUUCUGAUGUGUUACAACUUCAAGACAGGGCUGGCAGACUUAUUCUGGAAAAUGAAGACGAUCUGAAGACGGGAUCUGUUCAUGUGAGCUCAGACGGUUUGGGAUUCUCUGGUUUUUCAUCUCCAGCUAGUGUGGAUGAGCCUGUGCGACAACCUUUCAUCCACAAUUUGAUGAAUCCUGCAAGGACGGAUUCCAUUCACGUCUUUCAAAAGUCUGUCCUUCCUACUUUGACUCCCCCAACCCGACCAGAGGAGGACAUUUUGUUCCAGUGGCGUUUAAGGAGGAAGCUGGAACAGGCCAGGGAGAGCUCUAGUCUUCAUUGUUCUACAUUUAGCUGGCAGGCUCCUCGUUUGAGCCAUCCACCAGCCAGUGGACUCAAGCAACAAACAACAACCAGUCAACCUGCAGAGUGGUCACACACAGAUGAUCAUCUACAAGCCCACAAACAAAUCCCUCCUGCUCUCCCUGCCUAUGUUGUCUCCAGCUCCUUCGCAUCCCAGUCCGUUAGCCGUGUCCCGCCCCACAUGCACUUACUCUGUGAUGUUCUUCCAUGCCCCGUUCCGUCUUCUCAUCUCAAAGAGACACAAAGCAUUUCACAGGAGUUACAGGAGUCUCACAACAAAGUUGCCCAUAAAACAAUCCAGGUCCCUGAAAGCUCAGCUCUUUGUUUGGGAGAGAACUUGACAUCAUCACCACAUACUGUGGAAGGAGAGGAGCUAAGUCACCCAAAGAUACCAGAGAAGAACAAGAACGCUAAAACGAAAGAGCCAGAGAAGACAGGAACUACCAAGCACAAGAGGAAAUCAGCCAGGGAGAGGGGCCAAAAAAAGGUGACACCCCCUAAAGAUCAGCUUCAGCGAGAGAAGAGCCAUGAAAGCUGCCCUACUGUUUAUGAACCUCCACCAUCUCCAGUCCACAUUGCCAUGGGACGGGUAGUUUCAGAGGUUUUAUUCCCAGUUUCUCCCGAUCCAAUGGUCACCACAGCCAAAAACUCCUCCGUUUCUCCCUGUGGGGCUCAGAAUUCCCUGGAAGUCAUUUCACAGCUGCUUCAAGAAGCAGAAGAUUCAGAUGAAACAGAAUUUGAAAAUGAUCCUUUGUUACAAGUCCUGCGCCAGCAGAGGAAAUGGGUGAAGAAUCAGAUCAGAGACGUUGACGUUAUGCUGAGUGAAUUCCCAGAGGAGCAACAGGUCAUUUGAACAAUGAAGAGACACCAGAACUGUUUUUUUAUAUAUAUAUUUUAUUAUAAUUUUAUAAAGAAAUAAAGUUUGUUUUAUUUUAAA